GCGCGUGGCGCCCCGACGCUUGGCGCGCGGGCCGCUCUCCUUACAGAGGUCGCUCUUGCCCGAACGGUCGGCUUCCCUCUGUUGCGCCUGCGUAGUCGGGAGGGGAAGUGAGGCGGUUUCCUCGGCGCCUUUUCCGGCGGCGGCAGCGGCAGAACUGGGAGGAGGCUGUGGAGGCCGGAGGGAGCCCGCGCGCGGGGCGGCGGCUGGAGGCAGCGCACCGAGUUCCCGCGAGGAUCCAUGACCUGACCGGGCGCCGGAGCCGCGCUGCUUCUCGGCUGGCCUGGGUCGGUGGUGAGCGCGGUGGUCGCGGACCGGGGACCGGGCCGAAGGGCCGCAGUCUCCCGCGGCGGAGCCAGGAGAAGGCGGAGGAGCGGGAACCGCGGCGGCGCUCGCGCGGCGCCUGCGGGGGGAAGGGCAGUUCCGGGCCGGGCCGCGCCUCAGCAGGGCGGCGGCUCUCCCGGCGCAGACUCAGCGCCCCGGCGGCCGCGGCGCCUGGAGGAAUCAAGUUGUGUGGUGGGUGAUGCCCGAGUGAGCGGCGGCCCCGGGCCUCUGCCCAGAGGAGGCGACUCCCACGCAGGCCGCACGGGCGCCCUCGCGACUGGGAGGCUCCGUUUCUGUUUCGCGGCGGCGGCGGCGUUGUUGGCGGAGGGGACCCGGGACACCUGAAUGCCCCCGGCCCCGGCUCUUCCGACGCGAUGGGGAAGGUGCUAUCUAAGAUCUUCGGGAACAAGGAAAUGCGGAUCCUCAUGUUGGGCCUGGACGCAGCCGGCAAGACAACCAUCCUGUACAAGUUGAAGCUGGGCCAGUCGGUGACCACCAUCCCCACUGUGGGUUUCAACGUGGAGACGGUGACUUACAAAAACGUCAAGUUCAACGUAUGGGAUGUGGGCGGCCAGGACAAGAUCCGGCCGCUCUGGCGGCAUUACUACACCGGGACCCAGGGUCUCAUCUUCGUAGUGGACUGCGCCGACCGCGACCGCAUCGACGAGGCCCGCCAGGAGCUGCACCGCAUUAUCAAUGACCGGGAGAUGAGGGACGCCAUAAUCCUCAUCUUCGCCAACAAGCAGGACCUCCCCGAUGCCAUGAAACCCCACGAGAUCCAGGAGAAACUGGGCCUGACCCGGAUUCGGGACAGGAACUGGUAUGUGCAGCCCUCCUGUGCCACCUCGGGGGACGGACUCUAUGAGGGGCUCACAUGGUUAACCUCUAACUACAAAUCCUAAUGUGCAUUCUCCACCCAUCCCCCGGAAAGGAGAGAAAUCAAAAACCCAUUCAUAGGAUUAUCGCCACCAUCACCUCUUUCAAUUGCCACUUUCUCUUCUUUUGAAUUUGAACUCUGGAGUUACAGUUCUGCGGUUUGGGGGAGGGGGUUAGGGAUUUUCUUUCUUUCUUUUUUUUUUUUUUUUUGCUUUGCGUUAGGAUGCUCUGAUCUGACUUUUUGACAUGAACACAAAGUACUAGAUGCUCUUGUUGACUUCCAGCAAAUGGGAUGGGGGAAAUAUAGCAGUUCUUGGUAAAUUCCUUUAUAAUAAUGGUUUGAUUUUUUUAUCUCAAGAGAAUCUUCUUUUCCAAUGUAUGCUUUUUUCCUUUUUGCCCAGUUUCCUUAUCACUUGCUGUAGAUGGCUUAUUUUGCAUUCAUGCAGACGAUGUUGCAAGUCUGUUUCAUCUAGUAAACUGAAAAUUAUUGCUUAAUCAAACUGCCGUUUGUCUUUUAUAUUUAAGGCCCCCCCCCGCCCCUUAUGAGUUCUGACUUUAACUUAGUAAAUUCAAAUGUGACCUUUUAUAUCUAAGACCAGUAUAGUAAACUUAGCCCACAGUGGCAAAUGAUGAGUAAUAUCCUUGUAAUAUGUUCCAGUUGCACAUCAGUAUGUUAAACAGGUAAUGUAAGAAGUUCUUUGAAAUUUCAGCUAUUAAGUUCUGAAACAUACAUCAUGCAUGAGUAAGGAUAAAACUCAAGUUCCCCAUUGCAAAGCUAACUUACACUGCAUAAAACUAUGAAAAUAUAACCUGUCAAGGAUACAGAUUUUUUUUCACUGCAAAGUUAGCAACUUUGCUCUAUUUUCCCUCUUUUUUAACUUUAAAAACAGACUCUUCCAGAAAAUGGAGCAAUAAUGGUGUAUAACAUACACAGAUGAAAUAUUUGUAGAUAUUUUAAGUGACUUUUGGGCAAAACUGGAAUAUAUCCUUUUACCAUGUUUCAAAUAUCGAAGACCAGUAGAUUUAAGUUCCUGGAAUGGUUACUUUGUUCAUUAAUAAAUCAUUUAACAAUUCAAAUUAUAUUCACCUUUUACUUAGUUGGAAAAAAAAAAAUCUGUUUCCACAUUACAGCAACUGAUUAACCUGAAGAUGUCUUUUUUUUUUUUUUUUUUUUUUAGUAAAUGAGUGAUCCAUAUCUCCAUUAAUUAGAACACUGGAAAAGAUGUUUUAUAAAAAAAGUUAUUCUGUUGGGUUAACUCAUGCAAAUAGAUAUCCUGUUGGUUCAAUUAUACACUAUCUCUAAGGAAGGAAAUGUGAUGAAUGAAUGAUGUGUAGACUUGAGGAAUGACAAAGGGCAAGUAGGAUGUAGAAGAAGAACCUACAGAUGACAAUGAAUGUAAACUUAUUUUUCUUCAACUGUAAGCAGUGUGCUUGCUGGUGAUACCCAGAUCUUAACAAGAUUACUUGCUUAGCUGGUUAGGACCAGUAACUAGAUUAAUGAGACCACUAUGAUAAUACUUUGAACCAAAUGUUAAUGCUUGAUACAGAAUAGUGUAGCAGCAUCUGGUUCUUAUAUAGCCUUAAGGAUUAAUUGUAGAGAUCCUCGAGGAAUUAAAACUUAGGGAAUUUCAGAAAUGUAGAUUGCAAAUGCAGUUUACAGGAAAAGGUGAAGUGGGUUUUGUUUAUGAGGGUGUCUGAAAACAAAAAUUGAACGGGAUAUCAUGGUAUAUGAUUGGACAGUAUUGGUCCUUCAUGCUUUGGCCAUAUUGUAUAAUGGAGCUUUUACCAAAGAUGUAUGAAUAUAAGGCUAUAGAAAAUUAACUCUUCAAAGUAAAACUCUUGACAAACGUUUUACUUAAAGCAGAUGAGAAAAGGUGCUAUGUUGUAGGCUCCUAAUGGUGCAGAGGGAUUUUUGAAUUCAAAAUGCAACUAAAGUAUCAAGUUCUCAGUUUCACUUUAGUAGAAGUAUCUCUGGAAAUGAAGCUGACACACAUCUAAGAACAUUUUAGUUGCUUUUAAAAUUCCCAAAGCUCCAUCAUACAUUUAAUUACUAGUGUUUUAAAUGAUUACAUAUAAGGUACAUAAACAUGGGUUAUACAAAUAUCAAUGUUACAGUAACAUCCUGAAGUGACAAGCACAAAGGUAUAAAUGCCUAAACUGGAGGAAACUUGAAACCCUCAUGUUAAUUCUUAAAUGUAGUAUUUCUAACUUGUGACAAGACAGAUUGGUAGGCAGCCAUUUUUGUGUCUUAAAAUAACUGGGGGCAUAGUUAAAAUUUUAUACAUCAAGUGAUUGCUAAGGAGUGUUGCAGGUGAGAUGUGGUUAUUUUUAGUUUAUUUGAAAUGUCUUAAGGUGGGGGGAGGAGGGGAAGCAAAUAUUUGAAAUUUGGAAAACCCUAAACCGUUUGAUAAGAAACUGUAAUUUUCACUUACGUUAUCUUUAAGGAUAUAAAAGGUUGAUAAAUUGGUGUAGUUAAAUUGAGCCAUAACCAUUGGUGAUCAUGGGGACCGGUAAUUAAGCCUGCAGAAAAUAAUUACAAUCUAAGAAUUUAAGAAAUAAGAUCCUGAAGAUUUUGUUUAAUUGCAUCAAUUUCUGUAUUUUAUGUGCAUUUAAAAACUGCAGUAAGUUGAAUGGGUUAAUCUUGUCUAAUAUAAGUAAAUGAGUCUGUAGACUGUGAUCUCCCCAAACUAAAAAGUACAGUACUUGGAAUUGUGUUCUUUAUGGUUGUAGUGUUGGUAAAGCACUAAUAUGCAGAAAAUAAAGGAAUUACACAGUGCA